AAAGCUUGCGGGGGUCGCGCGCCACGUAGGCGAAAUAGAAGAAGAAGAACAAGAAGAUUGCGUGGCUGAGUUCGGGUGGAGCAUCAUCCUGGAGUCUAGGUGAAAAAUCGCUACUUGGUCGUCAUCGGCGUGGUGUAGCUGCUCCAGCCGAGCACCAUGAAGCGACUUGUUUACAUUCAUCACAAUAUCAAGUUCGACAUGGGCAGUAGCCUGACACCGCUUUCGGGAAUGAGUAGCGAUGGGAGCCAAUACUCGCCUUCAUCGCCAAGCAACGCAGCCAUGGCGGCACUGCGUCGCUGGCGGCCGCCUGCCAAAGGUGGCUCACCUCUCGACGACAUCGACCUACCGCCGCCCUGCGGUCUGCACGAGCGCGCCAUGCUGGUAGCCUGCCUCGGAUCGUGCGCCGCUGGCACGACACUGUCCUACACGUCGGCAGCUAUGCCUUUCAUCGAGCUCGAGCCCUGGUACCAGCUGCAGAGAACCACGCCCGCCAACCGGUGGGUGGCCAACGUCCUCUUGCUUGGGGCAACUGGAGGGGCACUUCUGUCCGGGAUCCUGCUUCCCUUGACGGGCCACCGAAGGACUCUACUAAUGUCUGCCUUCGGCCUAGUUUGUGCCUGGAUUUGCCUGAUUUCUUCCAAUAGCGUCGCCAUGCUGCUGGUCAGCCGUGUCGCGAGAGGACUCUGGCUAGGCGCCUUGGCCUGCUGCGCCAGCCUUUAUGUGACCAAUGUGCCUCCUCCCAAGAAAAGAGCGUUCUUCGGCGGAAUGAUCGAGGAUGGUGUCUGCCUGCCUGCUGCUCUUACUUCUGCAGAACCUGUCAUUCGCCCAACUGUUUCAGACGAUGGCCCUGCAACACGUGGACUCUAGAAGAAAGGAGCGAACCGGCCAACUGGCGCGGCGCGGCGUUGCGUCCAUCGUUACCCUGGUGCUCAGCUACUCAUUAGGACUGUGCCACUUGCCACCUCUGCUGACCGGCGAACUGGUGCCGCUCCGAAUGCGCUACCUAGGCUCCGCGGUCAUCUGGGCGACGCGCUGGAUCGUCAUGUUCUUGAUGGCGCAUUUAGAGGACAGCUUGCUGGCAGUCAUGCAGACCAGACAGACUUUCCUCGCGUUUUGCCUCGUAUAUGUGCUCACUACCUGCAUCACGAUCGCCCUCAUACCCGAGACAGGGGGCCGUUCCCUCAUGGACAUCGCUAAAGACGAGUGAUACCCGACGAGGAAAACUAUAGUUUUUGUAUAUGCCCUG